AUGUCAUCCUCCGAAGAGAGGAAAAAAAAGCUUGAGGAAUUAGCAGAAAAAGCUAGGGCAAAAGCCAAAGCCGCUGAACGUGAGGAACAGGACGAACGCAAGGAAUCGGCAAAAAAAACAAGAGCAAAGGCAAAUUCCAGUAGCUCUCCGAAAAUUAAGAAAACGAAUGUAUCUUCUAGCUCUUCGCCGGCCAAGAGUAAACCUCUUCCUCCUUUAGGGGGGAGUGGAAGAGCUGCACGUCUGGAAGAAUAUGAAGACGAUGGAUUUAUUGUAGAUGAUGAAGAAGACGUAUCUGAAUCAGAAAGUAAAUCUGGUUCUGAAGAUUUUGAUGUAUCUGAUGAACCAUCGGAUUCAAGUGAUCCCGGAUCAAAAAAAAAGAAAAAAGUCGCGUCUUCGACGAAACACAAAAAAUCAAGCAGCAGCAACAAAAAAGUAGGGAACAAUGAUUUCGAAGAUAUUGUGACAAAACGAAAGAAAGAUGAAGAAGCAUCUGAUGACGAUGAGGUCGUAGUAAAGAAGAAAUCUAAUAAAAAAAAGAAGCGUAAUGAUGACGAUUCAUUUGAUGAAGAUUCUGUUGGUGACGACUCAGAUGAUUUAAGCCUUGAUACCUCUACAAUUAUUCCGGGACGGAGAACAAGGGGGAAACGAAUAGAUUUCACGGGACAGGACCCAUAUGAUGAUGAUUGA